CUCUCUCUUCACAUGCUCACAAUAUAUUUAUACACCACUCUAUAGCUACUGGCCAAAGAUCGAUCCAAAACCUUCUAAGCCUUCACUAUGACAGAUCCUAAGUCCAAUUUAUACACUGAAACCUUCAACUUCAUGCCCCUCUAUUCUCACCUCUCUUCUUUUAGUACUUCUCAAUCAAACUUAUUCUCUUCUUACUCAAACAACAACACUUUCGCCAUUCAAUCUGAAACCUCUUCCUCUUAUGCUCCUCCUUCUCCUCCUCUCAGAGAAGCCCUUCCUCUCAUAAACAACAUAAGCCUCAGAAAACAAAAGGAAAAAAAUGAACCAUCAAAGAGUGGUGGUGGUAUGGUUGAAGAGGAAGGAGGAAAGAAAAGGGACAUGGAUGAGACGACCCUUUUGAUGACUAGUACUACUACUGAAGAGGGUGAUGCUGAAACUGUGACAGUAGCACUGCAAAUAGGGCUUCCUAGCGUGGCUGCUUCUGAUGAUCUUAAUGGGUCAAGGAAGAUCCCUGCAGCUUGUGCACAAAUGAAUGAAAAGGAGGAUGCGAGGAGUGUGAUUUCUGGACACCCUUUUGAUAGAUUGAACAAGGUUCAGUAUUGGAUUCCCACCCCUUCUCAGAUUCUCAUUGGUCCUACUCAGUUUUUGUGUCAUGUGUGCUCUAAGAGUUUCAACAGAUAUAAUAAUCUUCAGAUGCAUAUGUGGGGACAUGGAUCUCAAUAUAGAAAGGGCCCUGAUUCUCUAAAAGGAACACAACCAUCAGCAAUGCUACGGCUUCCAUGCUUUUGUUGUGCACCAGGUUGCAAGCACAACAUAGACCACCCAAGAGCAAGGCCUCUGAAGGACUUCAGAACCCUUCAAACACACUACAAGAGAAAACACGGCAUUAAACCCUACAUGUGCAGAAAAUGUGACAAAACGUUUGCGGUGAAAGGUGAUUGGAGGACACACGAGAAGAACUGUGGCAAAAUAUGGUACUGUUUAUGUGGGUCUGAUUUCAAACACAAAAGAUCUCUAAAGGAUCACAUAAAGGCCUUUGGCCAUGGCCACGGUGCUGUUGACAUUGAUUGCAUGCAAGAAGAUGAAGCGGCCUCCGAAAUUGAACAUGAUGGGGAUAUCUCAAUGUGAAAAUUAAUAAGUUUGGAAAACCAAAAUUGAAGUGACUUUUCAUGUAAUUAAUUAAUUAAUUUCACAUACAUGCUUAAUUGUAAUAGAUUGUAUAAGGUGUAUUUUAUAUAACUUCUUUAGUGUUUUUCUUUUUUUAAA